AUGACUCCUGAAUUAUAUACCGAAUACGAUGCAGUUUUGAAAGAUUGGAUACUGACUGGUAUUUUAGAGGAAGCUGAAGAUAACGAUAAAGGACACUAUCUUCCGCACCGAGUUGUCGUACGUGAACAAAGUAACACAACCCGAGUGAGACCUGUUUUCGAUGCAUCCGCGAAAAGCGGGUUUUUGCCUUCGUUGAAUGAUACCCUCUCUGAAUGCAUAAAUUUUAUUGAAUUAUUGCCAAUAAUUCUCUUAAGAUUUAGAGAAAAUUUAAUCGGUUGUUGUGCCGAUAUUGAAAAGGCUUUUCUUAGAAUUAACGUGGAGGAAAAGGAUCGCGAUUUUUUGAAAAUACUUUGGUGGAACGAGGAAGGAGAGAUCAUUUCAUUAAGACAUACCAGAGUUGUAUUCGGCCUAAAACCGAGUCCAUUUUUGUUAUGUGCAGUAAUCAAGACUCAUUUGAAUAAAUUGAAAGACAGCAAUUUCAAAUUUCCUUGGGUAAUUGAAAAGAUGAGUAAUUCGUUUUACAUGGACGAUCUAGUCUGCAGUGUGAAUUCUAAGGAAGAGUUAGAUGAAUUUUUAAUUCAAGCUAAAAAUGUUAUGGAGUCUGCUUCGAUGAUUUUGAGAAAAUGGAAAUUUAGCGGUUGCGAUACACAUGACGUGACAGUUUUAGGAAUCCUCUGGUCUACGGACACCGACGAAUUAGGAUUAAACAUUGAUUGGUGGGAAGAAGAAAAGUUGCAGAAGCGGGACACCAAGCGUCGUAUUUUAAGUUUGAUUCACAAGCUAUUUGAUCCUAUUGGCAUAGUAUCGCCUGUGUCAAUAGUUCCUAGAAUUUUUAUGCAGAAGAUUUGGAAGAAUAAAAUAGAUUGGGAUACCCCAAUCAAUGAAGAAGAUCGAAAAGAAGUUGCAGAUUGGUGUAAAGAUAUUCAUUUGUUGAAGAAGGUUAAAAUUCCACGAUUACUAGGUAAUGUAGAAACGAUUAAAGGUGUUCAUGUCUUUUGUGAUGCCAGUAAGGCUGCUUAUGCCUGCGUUAUACUUGUAGUAAUCGAAGAUGAUGAUAGGAAAAUUGAUGUUCGUUUUGUUACCAGCAAAGCUAGGGUAGCUCCGAAAAAUGUAACAAUUCCAAGAUUGGAACUGAUGGCCGUUUUAAUCGGUGUAAGAUUGUUAAAAUCAGUCUUAGAUUCAAUGUCUUGGAAGGACAAACCUGUAUUCCUGUGGUCCGAUUCAACUACAGUCAUACAAUGGAUAAAGCGAAAUGAAGCGUGGUCAAUUUUUGUAAAGAACCGAGUCACAGAAAUUCGCAGAAAUUUGGCACCCCAUGUAACUAUAAGGCACGUACCUGGGGCUAAUAACCCGGCAGAUUUACCAUCGCGUGGAUGUAGUAUUAAGAAAUUUAUAGAAUGUAAAUGGUGGGAGGGACCAUCAUGGAUACGAAAUUUAGAAGAAUGGCCGUAUGAAACAGAAGCUUUAGAUGAAAUAGAAAUUGGUCUUGAAAUGAGAAAGAUUGAAAAUGUACAUGUUUGCACUGAAAAAUUGAAUUGGAAAGACCAUUUCUUAAUACGCUACUCUUCGUUUCAAAAAGCAGUUCGAGUUCUAGCUUGGAUACGUAGAUUUUUUAGAAAAUUUCGAAUAGGUGAGCAUCUCGAGCCAGAUCUCACUGUAGAAGAAAUAGGAAUGGCAGAGGAACACAUAUUUAAGCUUAUACAAACGGAUUUAAGAACCGAUGGAAAUAACUUAGAAACAUUUAGAGAUUCCAAAGGAUUGGUAAGAUUGCGAACCCGUAUUGUUAAUCGAGAUGAUAAUGAAUUAUUCCUGUGCCCGAUUGUAUUGCCUGGAAGCAACGAAUUAGUCUAUCGAUACAUUCGUGAGCAUCAUGAAAGAAUGGGACAUCAAGGAGUGCAAUUGCUCUUGAAUAAUAUAAGAGAAAGGAUUUGGGUGAUAAGUGGACGACGUAUCGUUCGGAAGGUAGUAAAUUCGUGCGUCAUUUGCCGAAGGUUUAGUACUAAGAAUUUAGAACGACCCACACCCCCAUUACCUGUGAACAGGAUUAAAGAUGCGGCCUGUUUCGAAGUUAGCGGUGUCGACUUCUGUGGACCGUUUUUACUGAAAACUGGAGAAAAGGCCUGGGAAAAUGCUGAAGUGGAAACUACCGUUCCACCUAUUGACAUGGUGGACUUGAAGGAUGACAGUCAAGAAGAUUAUGCAUCGGAAAAUACAGAUGUUAUUGAUCGAAGAGGACGGGUUAUACGUAGACCAAGUCGUUACCUUUGA